GCAGACAGCCCCGCUCUUCACUACAAACAGCUGCAGGUCGCUGUCAGAGUGGUUCUCAGCACAGGUGUGACUGCUGCUUCUCUUCCUGUUAAUCAUCGGCCUCUCUCACCAUGUCUGUCAACAUCUGAAGCAGUUUUAACAUUAAAAGCUGCUCAGGUACAAAGCUAGAAAAAUGAAUUUUGAUGAAGUCCUCAGACUUAUUGGAGGCUUUGGGAAGUUCCAGAAGAUCCUGUAUGUGUGGAUCUGUGUACCUCAGAUCUUCCUGGCGUUCCACAUGCUGGUGUCAGUGUUCACCGGGGCUGUUCCUCCACAUUUAUGCCGCUCUGCGUGGCCCUCAGCAGGCGAUCCAGCCUCUCUGAACUCCAGCCUGCUGAGCGGCCACCCUGACCUGUCCUGCAGCGUCUCCCUGAACCAAAGUGGAGCUGUCACCAUUGGAGAUGGACGCCCGACCGUGAGCUGCCAGGGAGGCUGGGAAUACAGCACGGAGACAUUCCAGAGCACCAUAGUAACCGAGUGGGACCUGGUCUGUGACAACGCCAGCCUCAACAACCUGGGCUCGUCCAUCUACAUGUUCGGCCUCCUCGUCGGAGCAAUUGUCUUCGGACACUUGGCUGAUAAAUAUGGUCGCAGGAUCAUCAUCCUCGUUAGCCUGGCCAUCCAAGUCACUUUUGGGGUGGCUGCUGCCUUUGCCCCUAAUUUCUACGUCUACAGCGGCCUUCGCUUCAUGGUUGGAACGUCCAUCUCUGGAGUUAUCAUGAACGCUUUCGUCCUAGGGACAGAAUGGACCGGCUUGAAGCAGCGUAUGUUGGCUGGGAUAAUCACAGACUACUUCUUCGGCUUUGGGUACAUCUUACUGGCUGGCGUGGCGUACCUCAUACGAGACUGGCGUAAGCUACAGCUGGCCAUAUCAGCACCUGGCUUCCUCUUCAUCAUCUACAUCUGGGUUUUACCUAAAUCAGCUCGCUGGUUGAUGGCGAACGACAGGAAAGAGGAAGCAUGGGAAGUGAUCCUGAAGGCAGCACAGAUGAACGGAAAGCCCGUCACCAAAGACCUGGAGAUGUGUCAGCACAUCUAUAACACUGAGGAAAAAGCCACGUUGAAGAAGAAGUACUCCUUCCUCGACCUGGUACGGACUCCAAAUAUGAGGAAGCAGUCUCUGAUCGUCUUUUAUCUCUGGUUUGUGAACGUCCUGGUGUACUACGGCCUGUCCCUCAACAUCUCUGACUUUGGGAUGAACAUCUACCUGACCCAGCUGAUCUUCGGUUUGGUGGAGAUGCCUGCGCGGACCAUCACCCUCUUCACCCUUAACCGCUCGCGCAAGAUCUCUCAGCUGGCCUUCCUCACGGUGGGGGGCUCGGCCUGCCUGCUGACCAUCUUCAUCCCCGCCAACCUGUCCAUCUUCCGAACGGUCCUGGCCAUGAUUGGAAAGUUUGGAAUCACGGCCUCUCUGUCUAUUAUCUACGUCUACUCGGCUGAGGUGUUCCCCACGGUGAUCAGACAAAAUGGAAUCGGCAUUGGCUCCAUGUGUGCACGAUUUGGGGGUGUCCUGGCUCCCAUGAUGUACCUGUUGAGGACCAUCAGCCCUCAUGCUCCCAUGGUUCUCAGCGGCCUCUGUCCCCUGAUUGGCUCCGCCCUCACCUUGCUGUUACCUGAGACAGCCAACAAGCCUCUCCCUGACACGAUUGAGGAUGUGGAAGGAGGCAGCCUCAGUGAUGAGGAAGACGGCGUGAAGACGGGCAUCUUCGACGACCCUGCCAGAAACGCCGCUGUCUGCAGCACCAGGAUGGAUUAGUUUCAGACCACAGCAGCUCUCAGUAUUUUCUAUGUUUUUUUAAAGACAUAAGUCUGUGCUUCCAGUGGAAGUCUCAGUUAGACUUUGUUUUUAUGGGUCUUUGCAAGUUACCCACACUGAAUACUAAAACAGAAAACAUUCUUGCUAUUUUUUCUGUUUGUUUUAUAUGCAGUUUGUGUCCAUUACUGUUUGUUCACCUCAGUUUAUACAGAUCUGAAAGUAGAAUAAACCUCAGUAUUCUACUGAGAAUACUUCAAGUAGAUAUAUCUGUGAAGCAGCUGUAUAUUAUGUCUUUCAUCCAUGAAGUUUAUACUUUAUUCCCUAACACCUGAGAUAUAUGAGUGUGACUUAGUACACCUUCAGGCUUCUGUGGUGUUUGAGUCACUUCAGAGCCACGAACUACUGAUGCAGUCUUCCAAUCAUUUCCUCCGUCUGCACGGUCCUGAGAAAAACUUUUUCUAGCCAGCCCGUGCAACAGAAACCAAACUUUUCCACUGGUGUGUCUUCACUAGCAUCUAUUUUAAACAUAUUAAAUAAAUCAAUUACAUCUGACACAAAACAGAAAAAGAAGCCAACUCUGAGUAUAUAUAUAAAAGAAGCUGGACUUCCACAGCCGACUGAUGUGGUGACAGAACGAGGACUUUUUUCAGGCCCCCAGUGAUAUUUUAGACACUUGUGUUCUUCGCUCUCUGCCAGUAGUUUGGUUUUGGCCCGUUUCCUGAUUCCUUAUGUGUACCCCGGUGAAAAACACCAGCUCUGUGAAGAAAUGGUUUUCCCAGCUUGUUGUGAAGGGCCGUGCCUGGUCUGCAGGAGGCCCUGACUUACCUCCCAACAUUCAUGUUGGACCUGACUUGUUCUGGCUCAUCAGUGUUAUUGUUCUGUCAUUAAUCUGUCAUUCAGCAAGCAGAAGUGAUCAAGGUGUGAGGGUGUGGUUAAAGGCAGGUGGAGGUGUAUAAGACUUUCGAUUUCAAGCUUUUAGGCAGUAGAAUCACUUGCAACGUUUUGGUGUUUUAACUGAACUCUUCAGAUAUUUAAGUGUUUAUUUUUGCUAUUACUUUUUCUGUUUGAAAUUUCAAGAGUCUAAAAGUGAUGUUUAAAAAUUUCAAAUAAAUCAGAAAUUCUGUUGCAAAUUUUUAACACUGCAUAUAGCCUCUUGAAUUUGAGCAAUUCAGUUUAUUAUUUCUCCAGUCCUUGUAUCAGAGCUUGGUCCACAUUGCCGGCAGUAAGGUAAAUCGGAUUAGUUUCAAAGUGACUCCACCAAGGUUGCUCUUUGUCAGUCGAGGUGUUGAGGGGAUCCGGUUUGGUGGCUUUAGGAUUGGGUCUCUGCGUUUUGCUGAAUAUGUGGUUCUAUUAACGUCAUCAGACCGUGAUCUUCAGCUCUCACUGGAGCGAUUCGAAGCAGAGGGUUAAGCAGCUAGGAUGAGAACCAGCACUUCCACAUCCAAGACCAUGGUCUUCAACCAGAAAAGGGUGGAGGGCCUUCUCCUGGUCGGUAAUGAGGUCCUGCCCCAAGUAGAGGAGUUCAAGUAUCUUGGGGUCUUAUUCAGGAGGGAGGGAAGGAUGGAGCGGGAGAUUGACAGGCGGAUCGGUGCGGCGUCUGCAGUGAUGUGGACUCUGCAUUGGUCAGUUGUGGUGAAGAAAGAGCUGAGCUGAAAGGAGAAGCUCUGGAUUUACUGAUCCAGCUAUGUUCCUACCUUUACCUAUGGUCACCAGCUGCAGAUAGUAACCAAAAGAACGAGAAAUUAAAUAAGUUUCCUCCUCAGGAUGUCUGGAUUGUCCUUUAGAGAUAGGGUGAGAAGCUGACUCAUCCAGAAGGAAAUCAAAAUAGAACUGCUGCCCCUCCACAUCCAGAUGAGCUGGUUGAGCACCUGGUUAGGAUGCCUCCUGACACCUCCCUGGUGAGGUGUUCUGGACACGUCCCACCAGUUAGAGACCCCGGGAAGGCCCAUGACAGCCAGAGGGACUAUGUCUCUUGGCUGGCCUGAGGAUGCCUCAGGAUUCCCCCAGAGGAGCUGUAAGAAGUGGGGGGAGCAAGGGAAAUCUUCCCUGCUUAAGCUAGGUACACACAUAAAGAUUAUCUGGCUUUUUUUCCUGAUUUUGCCCUUACUGACCAAGGACAGCAAAUGCCCGAUUAUCUUACGUCUUAAAAGAUUAUACUAAAAGAUAAUGCUAUGGUCUGAGGUGUGUUAACGUAAAUUCGUCCUGACAAUCGGCUCUGAAAAGGGUCGUGGCAAAUAAUCGCAAAUAUUGUUCAGUAUUUACAACCAAAACUCAUCACGUGUGAGUAAAGCCGACGACUCCUGAGUUGUGUCUGUGUGGAUGGUGACGUGGAACGGAACGUAGCCAAUCAGAGAGCGAGCUAGUGUUAAUUUUAUCAGCCAUUAAAUUUAGUGUCAGUUUUAGUCCAGUUUCAAUCGUGCUUAUUAGUUUUUAUCACAUUAAGUCAACCUCAUCCCCUUUUUAUUUAGUCAAGAUUUGGUUGACUUUAAGUCGAGCAUUUUAGUCUUUAUUUUAGUCCAAGAAAACAUAAUUUUAUUUGUGUAGUUUUAGUUUUUUAACAAAAACUGUCAACAUUUUAGUCUAGUUUUAGUCCGAACAAUCAUUUUACCCUUUUACUUUUAUUGUCAGCAGAUAAUAUUGAACAUUGUUAGUAGUAAAUUACAUUGUUAAAUGUAGUUUAACAUUGGUGGUCCCAUGACCACUAUCAUUAUUUGAUCAUGUAUGUCCUCUGCCAUGCUGGGAGUUGUGUUUUCCGGUUGCUGCCAUGGUUCUUCCUUGUUUUUGUUAGAUCACAUUUGAUCACGCAAGAUUUCUGGCUCAGAGAACUAGAUUCUAGAUCGGCUGCAGGACAGAAUCAUUAUGUACGAUCAAAACUGUUCAAUGUACCCAGCUUUAGGCCAAAACUCUGAGAUUGGAUGGAUGGAUUUUCAAAUAUCUGUUUUGGACUCUUGAAUUUCAAACUUUGAAAAAAUUAUAGCAAAAAUAGGUCAUUAAAAGUCUGAAGAGUUAAAUGAAGAUACAAAAAAAAAUCUUUUCACUACAUAAAACUUUACUGUUUGAAAUUAAACAUCUGGUGAAAUGUGAAACGGCUAAAGCCAGAUGGAGGCGUGGUUAAAGCCAGGUGGAGGCGUGGUUAAAGCCAAGUGGCAGUGUAAGCAUGGCUAGAUAGGGGAAGGCGUGGCUAAAGCCAGUUGUGGUGUGGAUAAAUGAAGACUGGCAUGGUGAAAGACAGGUGUAGGGGUGGCUAAAUGUAUUAGCGGCAAGGCUAAAUACCAGUGGAGAUGUUGUUAAAUGCAGUAAGGGCAUGAGUACAGCCAGGUGUAUGUGUGGAGACGUGGUUAAAUGCCGUAGGAGCAUGCUAAAGGCAGGUGGAGGUGUGCAGCAUGCAGAGUUUCUACAGUGUUUACAGUGAAAACCAGCGGUAGAAACUGUCUCUGAGAAGUUACAUCUUCUCUGACAACUCGUCAACAAGUACUUGAUACGCUACCUGAAAAACAUGUUUUACACGACACAGAUGUGCAGCCAUAUAUUUUGACAUUUACAUGUGAUUUUGCUCACGAUGAUGUUUGUUUUUAUUGACUGUAGUUGUACAAUAAAGAUUUGUUAAGAGAA